GUCCAUGCCUCUUAUGGAGUCUUUGUUCUCCAAGUUUGAUGUAGGGCACUAGAUUAGGUUGUAGAUAACACAGGCCAUCGCUUAGUUCAAAACUCAUAUGACAUAUAUUUGAUCUUUGAGCAUGCUUCUCACCCUAUUAUGAAUUGUUCGAUUCUUUGUUUCAGUCAUACCAUUUUGCAGGGGAGAAUAUAGUGUCAUUAGUUGAUGUCAAAUGCUAUGCUUAAAUGCAUUGGAGUAAAGUUGAAUGCAAACCGAGUUGUGGUUGGCACUCUUCGUGGGUUUGAUCAAUUUAUGAACCUCGUUGUUGACAACACCGUGGAGGUGAACGGCAAUGAGAAGAAUGAUAUUGGCAUGGUGGUUAUUCGAGGAAACAGUGUGGUGAUGAUUGAAGCUCUCGAGCCGGUUGCCAGAACAUAAUACUGUCUUUUCUUCUGUUAGUCAACUCGUGCUUCGUGUGUUUUUAUUAAUGCCUAUGAGAUUGUCAAUGAUCUGUUAGUAGUCAUGUGUUGUAUUUCUUUGACCUUUAUCAUCAUCAUCCUUCGUAGUUAAUUCUAUGGACAACUGAAAAGAAAGAGACGAGACCAAUAAAAAAAACCAAGUUUCU